CUCCUUCGAUGUCCUCUGGUUUCUUGGGUAGCAUUAUUGACCAGCUCGGCUUGUCCAUCACUGACUUGUCCUUGGCCACAAUUCCCAACGCAGGCCUUCAGGCUGGAGUCAAAGCUUCGUUCUCAAAUCCCAUCCCCAUUUCAGUCUCGGUUCCAUUCAUUGGUAUCAGUGGAGGUCUCGAUAAAGUCGACAUUGUCAAUGUCGGUCUCAAUAACUUGGCUAUGGUGCCUGGUCCUAAUGCCCUCCAGGCUCAGGUUGCUCUCAACUUUAACAAUGCAUUGGAUGCCCAGUCUAAGGUUACCAUUUUUAUGGCUGAGAUCGCUGGUGGUCUACUUGGCAACACUCCCGAAGCCUUGA